AUGGGAGAAUCAAACCACCCCGCACACAUCACUGUUCCGUCUGCCAACGAUGCCGAAUGGAAUGGGAUCAUCAUUGUCCCUGGUUGCUUGACAAUCCACCAAUCUAAAGCAUUCUUACUGCUCUUGGUUACUACUACUUUCAGCACGUACUUCAUGGCGGCACCAGUCAUCGAACCCAUUGUUGAUGGCGUAUACGCUAUGUAUAACAUUUCACGUUCUCAUCCAGGUUGUAAUCGACUAUGGUGGGACUGGUGGGGAUCCUAUGUUAUAUUUGGAGGCCCGGGCGGACGUUGGGUACUCGGCACAGCCCUUGGUUACUGGGUAGCUGAGCCUCAAUUACCAUUCAAUCCCCGGGGGUGUCGACACGGACUCCCCUUCAUGCAGCCUACAUCGAGCGCAGCGCUUACGCUUAUUAUGGCAUUAUCCUUAGCGACUUUCUGUCUGGUGCUGGCGCUACAGAUGAUGUUCCGUCUACUACGUGGGCACACUACAAUCGAAGCAUUGCAGACCAGCACUCUACGCAAGAGGGAUAAGGUCUCGCCUCGGUUUUUAUGGUUGCCUGGUACGAGUAUCGAUGUCCCUGUAAAACACCAGUCCUAUGAAGCGACCGCGUUGGGAGUUGGUAGACAGGUUGAGGAGAUGCGGAGAAGGCCCACUGCACAACUUGCGCACACUCCAUCACAAACGCAUGGAUCGACUGUGUCGCUGGAUUUCAAUACGCGCAUAUACGACCUCGGAAUUUGGGAAAAUGCCAAAUUGUACUUGAGUAGACCUAUGUUUCCUUCUAAAAAUUCUGCCCAGUAA